AUGUCAAGACUCCUUGCAUUUUUAUUUCUCCUUUUCAAUAUCAGCAUCUUCUCUGCUGAACUUCUCAAGGAAAACAGCAUCAGCCAGUUUAUUUCAGGCUUUGCUAAUGGUGUAAGGGCAUCAUCUACAAUAGAUAUUCCUUGCAUUACUGCCUAUCCUGCUCUUGUCACCCAAUUUUCCACACUAGAAAAUGCAAUUUCAGAUUAUCAAGAUUUCUCAACCCUUCUCCAUGUCUUUAAGUCUACAGUUACUGGCCUAGUCUCCUUUUGCCAAACUUGCAAUUUUCAAAACACAAUUUCGACAAUUCAAGCAAUGCUAACAACAGGUGAAGGCCUUGACACUAUAUUUAUCCUUAUUUUUACCAAUCUUUCCUUUUAUCAGAAUGCUCUGAGUAUAUAUCUUAUUACAGAGACUGCUCUGGAUGAGCGUUAGGCUCCAUGCCAAAUGACAGUGUAUUUUUGGCAGUGUAAAUUUCAUCGAAGUACAUUUGGUCGAAAAAUUUUUAAAUAGUGUGCAUUUGGUCGAAAUUUAACUUUUUUUCGGUCAAAUGUCUCACUAUUCGACAAUUAUACUUCGGUGAAAUGCACACUAUUAAAAGCGCACGAUCAUUGGACUGCACCCUCUCCUUUACUUUUCUCUUUCAGCUUUUCUGAGUAUAGUAACUAAGCUAAGCUACCACAAAAGUUUUAAUUUCUGUAAAUCAGGUAUAAUACAAACUUCUCUAGAGAAUGGUUUGUACUACGAAGCUGGAACUCAAGCUGGAGUCAUUUAUUACAAUUUAUUCGGAUAA